ACAAAACUUCCUUUCGUGUUUUCGCGGUUUCUUUCGAACAGGAGGGCAAGCGUUAGAGAAAUACAAGCAAAGCAUGGAAUUGGAUCCUCCCCAACCAGCGAUCACUUCAUGCCCACCUCUUUUUCUUUUUCACAACACGCCCACCUCUCCCUUCGCACGCCAUUCAGUAACUGUCCUCUUUCAUUUGUCCUUCCAUUUGUUUUCUUAGCACUUUAUUUCUGCUCCGCCUUAUUCUCGAGGUUAAGGAACGCUGUCUGGUCACUGAUGAAGGUGAAAGACAAGGAUAUAGUCAUAGCAAGAGGCGCUGGAGAAGAAUCUCCUGGUGUACGGAAAUAUGGGCUCGACGGAUUUAGCGAUCGCAGGACUAAAAUUCUUCAUCCACCCAUAGAAACAUCUUGGGAGCUACCCUCAAAGAAAGAGAAGAAGGCUUCCUCUUCCUCAUCCGUCAAGUCAGUGCUGGCUUACCCUCUGAAGCUUCGGGAGUCCCUGAAGAAAAUUCGAAGGAGUAAAAGCAUGGAACUGAUUUUAGAAGGACCUCGUGAUGUCAAAGAUGAACAAAUUGUUGACCAUUUCCGCGAAAUGCUUUUUGUCGAUGGUCUCUUACCUCCAAAGCACAACGAUUAUCAUACGCUUUUACGGUUUUUGCGCAUGAGGGAUUACAAUAUCUUGCAAGCCAAAGAAAUGUUUCUGAAUUUUCUGCAAUGGCGGGAGGAUUUUCGAGUAGAUAUGCUUCCUAAGGAAUUCAAAUUCACGGAGUACACCGAAGUGAAGAAAUGCUAUCCUAACGGAUACCAUGGAGUUGACAGACAUGGAAGACCACUGUAUAUCGAGAGAAUUGGGAUGAUAGACCUUAAAAGACUGCUGGAAGUGACCACAAUUGAAAGAUAUGUGAAACAUCAUGUGUCAGAGCAAGAGAAAACACUAAAUGUAAGAUAUCCUGCAUGUUCACUGGCAGCCAAAAGGCAUAUAGCAUCCACCACAACUAUCUUAGACGUAAACGGAGUGGGAAUGUCUAAUUUCUCCAAGCCCGCUAGAUAUCUCUUUGCAGAAAUUCAGAAGAUUGAUAGCAAUUACUAUCCUGAGACACUCAAUCAGCUGUAUAUUAUCAACGCCGGAUCUGGGUUUAGGAUGCUGUGGAAAGCAGUGAAAGCCUUUCUAGAUGUACGCACCCUAGCAAAAAUUCAGGUAUUGGGUGCUAACUAUCUGCAUGUCCUGCUUGAGGCUAUCGAGCCAAGUAAUUUGCCAGAUUUUCUGGGUGGGCAGUGCUCUUGUCCUGACUCUGGAGGUUGCCUGAUGAGUGACAAAGGACCCUGGAAUGAUAUAGAAACGUUAGAAAUGAUCCAGGCAUUUUCCAUGAGAGGAGAGAUCAAUGAUAGUCUUGCUUCAGAAGAAUCGUUGCCAUAUAAGGUUUACAAUGGAUUCCAAAAUGAAGAAGACAACGCUUGUAACGAUGCAUUAAGGAAAAUUAAUGGACUAGAAGCUGUUCUUGGAGGUGUCACUGAUAAAAUGAAGACACUGGAAGUCGCAAUUGAAGACGCCAGGAUGGCCUUGAUAGAACUUGAACAGCAUAUAGAGAAGCCGACGAAGUGAAACAGCUGUUAGCCUGUCAAAAUGAGUACUAUCUAUUCUUUUUCUCCCCGGCGGAAUAACCAGUACACGACUCACCCCCUGAUUAUACCGAUUCAUCAAAGUAUAAUUGUUCAGAAGAACCAAUGUGUUAUUUUCUGGAAAGAAACGAAUAACUUGGUGAUUCCUUUAUAUAAAUGAAUGGACUCAUCUGUUCAAACAGAACAGGUUUCUUACAA